AUGUCUAAGGAUGACACCUGUAAAGUGACAUCUGCCAGCAAACACAAGGAACGGAAGCCUAAAAAGCCUCAUUAUAUUCCCCGACCAUGGGGCAAACCCUACAACUACAAGUGUUUCCAGUGCCCCUUCACCUGCAUGGAGAAGUCCCACCUGUACAACCAUAUGAAGUACAGCCUGUGCAAAAACUCCCUUUCUCUGCUCAUAGAGUCAGACUGGCCAUACAAGAAAGGAAACAUUCUGCACCCAGAGCAGCUACGGCCCUUUCAGCAGGCACAUGGCAUUCAUGCUAAUGGGAAAGAUGGGUUAGAGCAGGUGACGGGGACUGAGGAGAGACAAAGACAGCGCAGGGUCGUGGAGGACGAAGGUGAGGAUAGGGUAAGCCAGGGACCAGAAGAUGAAGAGGAGGGUGGACGAGGAGAGGGAGAAGAGGUCCCUGGGCUGACAAAAGAGAGCACUGGGGACAACCACAAAGAAGACCCUACUGAAUGUGCUACAAAGAAAACUAAACAACCAGAAUCUGAGUUUUUGAUGGCUGACAUGCUCUCCCUGGAGGAUCAGCUGUUACGAGCACGCUCAGUAGAGGUAGAGGCUCAGCUGAAGCAGUACAAGCUGUCCAAGACAUGUCUGACUGCUCCUGGUUUACUGUCCGAGCAGUGGCGGCUACUAGCAUCCAGCCACACUAAGGCUAAAGCUGAGGGUGCUCAGCCCCGAGUGAGUGCUUCAAUACCUUGUUACCCUCCUCCUCCAAACCUGGUGGACUACCAGGAUCCCACUGGACUCAACCUGUCAAUGCUCGGGGUGGGCUACCCCAUCAGUCCUAGUCUCUUCUCCUAUAUGAACUCGGCUAUCCCUGCUGCAGCCACGAGUGUCACCGCACAAACACAUGCACAGCUUGCCCAGCUUCCCUUCUUAGCAUCAGCUGCUCAACUGAUGCAUCCGGCCUCUGGCACCCACACAGACAGAACUCUUAUCACCCCUCGCCUCUACUACCCCUUCCUAUGUGAGCAUACAUUCGGGACGGCCUCCAGUCAGGGGGAUGCCAGCAAAGUCCUGAAGGCAUCCACAAACAGUCUUGAAGUAAACCCACUAUCUAACUUCCAGCCUAAAGUGAAUCUGUGGAAAGUGCCCGCCUUAAGACCAGGAACCUCUGCAGUCAACCCAGCUGGCUGGGUUUCACCUCAACGGGAUCCCACCGACCAGGCUUACAGGGCAGGGGAAAAACCACAGGCAACAGCCAAGGAGGGUAAAGCAAGCUGGGGCAUGAAGAGGACAGGGGCUCCGCUGGGCAACCAUGAGACACCUGCAGAGAAGAAGCAAGCUUUGGGCUUCCCUUUGGACCUCUUGAAGAAUAUUCAGACAGCAUCCACUCUGAACAUGACAGCAGACAAACUUCUCUUUCCUGGAAGUUUACAGGAUGCUCAGCUCCAGACUCGGCCCACUGAACUGUGGUACAACGAUGCUCUCACCAGUCUAAACAAUGAAACGUCCUCUCUGUCUACCAGCGCCGCCCCCAAUGGCCAGGACUCAACUGCUAUCCAAACAAUGGAGGAGGGGUCUUCACAGUCAGUGGCGACUCUCCUUGGUGACCUUUCCAAUGCUUUGCAGGAGUACCAGGAGGCUGAACGCAAAAUUUCCCACCUUGAGAAGGAAGACCUCCCAGCUCAGCGCCACCUCUGGGAACACCUGAGCAAAAUCCGCAGCGAGCUCUCCCACAUCCACCAGGCACUGGAGCGGACUGCUCGCCAAAGUGAUGGGCCUCUUGACCUGUCAGUCAAGAGGGGCUCGACAGGUUCUGCUGCUGACCAUGGCAUCAGAGAGGAUGUUAACCUCAAAGACAACGGGACAGAGACAGAGGAUGAGGAUGAGGAGGCGUCGUUGGUGAACACAGAAGUUCUUUCCCCAGGUGGUCUUGGAAUAAGGCCCAGUUCUACUGAGGCCUUGUGGCCGAGCAGAACCACAAAAUGCGAGGCUGACUCUAGCGUCCUAGUCUGCCCUGACGGUCGCUCAGUAGUGUUCACAGACAUCCCUGCCUCGGCCAAAACACCAAAGAGACCCCCAUCCAUACAACGAUUAGAAGCCCAAUGUCCUCCAAGUCCUCUCACAGCAACAGACGCUUAA